AUGGCUUCGCAAUUGCGGUACGAUAAUCAAGUCGCUAUUAUCACUGGGGCAGGCAAUGGCCUGGGAAAGCAGUAUGCCAAAUUUCUCGCUGCACGCGGCGCAAAGGUCGUGGUCAACGAUCUAGGCGGCACUUUCAAUGGCAAGGAUGCUGGUGGCAGAGGCGACUCCAAGGUCGCGGAUAUUGUGGUCAAGGAGAUCAGGGAUGCCGGUGGCAUUGCUGUGGCCAACUAUGAUCCCGUCCAGAACGGCGACAAGAUCGUGAAGACAGCAAUCGACGCUUUCGGGAGAGUUGACAUCCUCAUCAACAACGCCGGCAUCCUCCGCGACAUCACACUUAGAAACAUGAAGACUGAGGACUGGGAUAGCAUUAUGGAUGUCCAUGUCCAUGGCGCUUUCAAGACAGCUCGGGCGGCCUGGCCCUAUAUGCGGAAGCAGAAGUACGGCCGAAUCAUCAACACAUCAUCGUCAUCUGGUCUGUUCGGAAACUUUGGACAGAGCAAUUAUGCGGCAGCAAAGAUGGCUCUCGUCGGCCUCAGUGAGACAUUGGCCAAAGAAGGGGCCAAAUACAAUAUCACCUGCAAUGUGCUUGCUCCCGGUGCAGCCAGCAGACUAACGCAGACAGUCUGGACCCAAGACAUGAUGGAAGUCAUGAAGCCCGAUUGGGUCGUACCACUCGUGGGUGUUCUGGUCAAUGAAAAGUGUCAUGAGAGUGGAAGUAUCUUCGAGGCCGCAGCGGGCCAUUAUAGCAAGAUUCGGUGGGAGCGCAGCAAAGGAUUCCUCGCACGCCCGGAAGAUUUGACCGCGGACGUGGUGCUUCAGAACUGGGAGAAAAUCGUGGAUUGGGCAGGUGCAGAACAUCCGAAGGAGCCCGCAAAAAUUUUGCAAUUCCUUGACGAGGCUAAAAGCUUGCCCAAGACCAGCACGUCAGCCAGCAAUCGGGUCAGCUUUCAAGGCAGAGUGGUCUUGGUGACUGGUGCCGGUGCCGGACUGGGCAGAGCAUAUAGCAUUCAUUUUGCUCAACUGGGCGCAAAGGUUGCAGUCAACGAUGUCAAGGAUGCCGAGAAGGUCGCCAAUGAAAUCAAGUCCUUCGGAGGCGAAGCAAUUGCGAUACCGUUGUCCGUCGAGGAUGGGGGAGCCAUAGUGCGAAAGGUGGUCGAUGCCUAUGGCCGGAUCGAUGUCGUGGUCAACAAUGCCGGAAUCUUAGGAGACAAGGCCUUCGCCAAUAUGACAGAUGAGCAGUGGUAUUCGGUCAUGAACAUUCACUUGAGGGGUACAUACCUCGUCACCAGAGCCGCAUUCCCGAUUAUGCUGAAGCAAAGAUACGGACGUAUCAUCAAUAUCACUAGCACGAGCGGCAUUUAUGGUAAUUUUGGACAGGCCAAUUAUGCAGCAGCGAAAUGCGGCAUCGUCGGAUUCACAAAGACCAUUGCUCGAGAAGGAGCCAAGUACAAUGUCGUGGUCAAUUCACUAGCUCCCACGGCAGGGACGAACAUGACUCGAACAGUUUGGCCUGAGAAGGAUGUCGAAGCCGUCAAACCCGAAUACGUAGCACCUGUUGUUGCUGCUCUGUGCAGCGAGAAGCCUCCAGCGACAGGACAGCUCUUUGAAUCUGGCUGCGGCUGGAUCGGAGCCACUCGUUGGCAGAGAGCCAGAGGCGUCGAUUUUGACCACGAAAAAGGUGUACCAAGCGUGGAACAGCUUGCGGAAGCAUUCUCGGAGAUCUGCAACUUCGACAAUGGGAAAGCAGAUAAUCCGGAUACUCCGCAGGACGGAAGCAAGUACACUAUGGGCAACGUGCUGAAGAAUCCCAAGAUUGCUGCAGCAUUGUCUCAAGAAAACCGCGCCAAUCGCAAAUACAUUGCAAAAAUCCAAGAAGCCAUUUCAAUGAAGCCUAUCCCAGCAACCUAUACCUAUGACGACCGAGAGGUUAUUCUGUACAACCUUUCCAUGGGCGCGCACCGCACCGACCUCGACCUUGUCUACGAGGGCUCUCCGAACUUCCAGGUCCUUCCCACGUUCGGUAUUGUGCCCACAUAUUCCGCGACCACGCCCUGGAACGUGAAGGACAUCGUUCCCAACUACGAUCAACGUAUGCUCCUUCACGGCGAGCAAUAUUUGGAGAUCAAACAGUUCCCCAUUCCAACAUCAGGCACACUCAAGACUGAAACAAGUUUGGUCGAGGUCGUCGACAAAGGAAAUGCUGCCCUUGUGAGGAGGGGUGCUACCACGUUUGACAGCGCAGGCAAACCCGUCUUCUACAAUGAGAGUGUAUCCUUCAUUCGAGGAGCUGGCAACUUCGGUGGUCAGCGCAAACCUGCUGAUCGCGGCGCCGCCACAGCUAUGAAUCCCGCCCCAUCUCGCACGCCGGACAAGGUGGUCGAGGAAAAGACUUCGGACGAUCUUGCAGCGCUUUAUCGCCUGUUGGGUGACCGCAACCCGCUCCACAUUGACCCGAAAUUCUCCGCCGCGGGUGGCUUCAAAGACCCCAUUCUUCAUGGCCUAGCGACGUUUGGAAUCACCGGAAAACAUGUAUUCCAGGCCUACGGACCCUUCAAAAACAUCAAGGUGAGAUUCAGCGGCACAGUUCUGCCGGGACAAACAAUUGUGACGGAGAUGUGGAAGGAAGGAGGAAAGAUCGUUUAUCAAGCCAAAGUCAAGGAGACGGGAAAACCUUGCAUCAGCAACGCAGCAGUAGAACUGUUGCAGGGAAGCUCAAAAUUGUAA